AUGAAAGUAAAAUUCUCUAUUAGCUUAUCGCUAAGUUUGCUUGCCACUUUCCCAACCCUUGCCUUCUCAGAAAAUAGCAACAACGUUGAUAAAUACAAUUCAUUUGACAAAAUAAAGAGAGAUGCAAUCCUUAAUGAUGUUUUUGAUAUUAAACAAGCUUUGCUGAACCAAAAACCUGAGGACGAUGAAAAAUGCCCACCCUGUUUCAAUUGUAACUUGCCUAAUUUUCAAUGCACCCAGUUUUCACAAUGCAACCCAUUCACGGGUAUGUGUGAGUGCCGGGAUGGUUACGGUGGUAUGGACUGCUCUGAGCCAUUAUGUGGGGCACUUUCUGAUGGAAAUAAGAACAGGCCGAUGAGAGAAGUAAAUGAAACAUGUCAAUGUAAGAAGGGGUGGAAGGGUAUUAAUUGUAAUAUGUGUGUAAGCGACGAAUCAUGCGAUUCUUUUAUGCCUGAAGGUUUGAAAGGUACUUGUUAUAAGUCUGGAAUUAUCGUUAAUAAGUUCCAUCAAAUGUGCGAUGUUACCAACAAGAAGAUUAUUUCUAUUUUGAAAGGGCAAAAGCCUCAAGCAACAUUUAGUUGUAAUAAGACAGCUGCAGCUUGUGAUUUUCAGUUUUGGAUUGAUCAAAAGGAAUCCUUUUAUUGUGACCUUGACGAAUGUGAAUUCGAGUAUGACUUAAAUUCAAACAGCACUCAUUAUAAAUGUAAUAAGGUCGCAUGCAAAUGUUUACCUGAUAGAAUGUUAUGCGGUGAAGCAGGAUCAAUUGAUAUUUCUGACUUCUUAACUGAAACUAUUAAAGGUCCUGGUGAUUUUUCUUGUGAUAUUAACGAUAAGAAAUGUCGUUUCUCCGAACCAAGCAUGAACGAUUUGAUUUCAUCAGUAUUUGGUGAUCCAUAUAUUACUUUGCAAUGCAAAUCAGGUGAAUGCAUUCAUAAGAGCGAGAUUCCAGGCUAUGACUUACCUGAUAAAAGUAGGCUCACACUAAGUAACUUAUUGAUGAUCAUCGGUGUUGCUUCCUUGUGUGGAUUGAUGAUUGUAACAUCACUCUAUAACAUUUCGAAGACUCCAUUGUUUAAGGUCAAUGAUAGCGAUUCUUAUGAACCGUUAGAUGGAGAAUUGAAUGCAUUAAAUGAAAACUUUACGCCGACCACACUUUCUUUCGAAAACAUAAGCUAUGAAGUAAAAAGUGGUCAACAGGUUUUAGAUAACGUGUUCGGAUUGGCCCGCCCUCGUGAAUGUCUUGCUAUUAUGGGUGGUUCAGGUGCCGGUAAAACGACUUUAUUAGAUAUUUUAGCGGGAAAGAAUAAAAAUGGAAAUGUUAGAGGUCAAAUUUAUAUUAACGGUAAUUCUUUAGAUCCAAAAGACUACAAAAAGAUGGUAGGAUUCGUUGACCAAGAAGAUCAGUUGAUUUCAACCUUGACUGUUUAUGAAACUGUUCUCAAUAGUGCGUUACUUAGAUUACCAAGAAAUAUGAGCUUAAGAGCCAAAGAAACUCGAGUUAUUGAAGUCCUUAGUGAAUUAAGAAUUUUGUCGAUUAAGGAUCACAUAAUCGGCUCAGAUUUCAAAAGGGGAAUUUCAGGAGGUGAGAAGAGAAGAGUCUCGAUUGCCUGUGAAUUAGUUACAUCUCCGUCAAUUUUAUUUUUAGAUGAACCCACGUCUGGAUUGGACUCGUAUAACGCAAGAAAUGUUGUUGAUUGUUUAGUGAAGUUAUCCAGAGAUUUUGAAAGAACGAUCAUUUUUACUAUUCAUCAGCCUAGAAGUAAUAUUGUUUCCUUGUUUGAUAAGUUACUUUUAUUAAGUGAAGGUGAUUUGAUUUAUUCGGGAGAUAUGAUUAAGUGUAACGAUUUCUUCUCUAAAAAUGGAUAUAAAUGUCCUUUAGGUUAUAACAUUGCAGAUUAUUUGAUAGAUAUUACUGUCGAUCAUAAGAAAUUAGUUAAGGUUGAGAAGUCCAAGGCCAAUUUGUUAGGUUCUAGUAAUGAUCUUGAAAAUUUACCUGGAGAUGCAGAAAUUGAUCCACAUCAAGCUUUUAUCAAUCCAAAUGCAACUGACAUAGACACUACAAGAGAAUGGGAGCAUUUUGCCGUCCAUAGAGAUGAAUACAAUUAUAGUACAGUUCACCAAAAACAAGAUAAAUCUGGAGAAGAAGAAACCUACAUUCAAAUCAGAAAUAAGCUACCAACGAUCUAUAAGGAAUCAUCUUUGGCAAUUGAGUUGAAACAAUAUAUAAACGAUUUGAAGGAUAAUCCUACACAGAUCGAAUUUAAAAACCAAUACCAAAAGGCGACAUUUGCAAGUCAAUUAUUAAUUUUGGCAUCUAGAACAUUAAAGAAUUCGUACAGAAAUCCUAAAUUAUUAUUAAGUCAUUAUAUUAUAUCUUUGGCAAUGGGAGCAUUCUGUGGCUAUUUGUAUUAUGACGUGGAAAAUGAUAUAAGUGGAUUUCAAAAUAGAUUAGGGUUGUUCUUCUUUGUUUUGGCAUUAUUUGGGUUUUCAGCAUUGACUGAGUUACACUCAUUUUCUACUGAGCGUAUUAUUUUCAUUCGUGAAAGAGCAAAUAAUUAUUAUCAUCCACUAAGCUAUUAUUUGAGUAAGAUUAUGUGUGACAUUAUUCCUCUUAGAGUGUUACCACCAAUAAUCUUGAUCAGUAUUCUAUACCCAUUAGUGGGAUUGACGAUGGAAAAUAAUGGUUUCUUGAAAACGAUCCUAGUAUUGGUAUUGUUCAAUAUUUCCAUAGCAGCAGAAGUGUUGGUUGUGGGGAUUUUACUUAAAGAACCAGGCACUUCCACUAUGGUCGGAGUUUUGGUAUUAUUAUUUUCCUUGUUAUUUGCCGGUCUUUUCAUUAAUAGUGAAAAUGUUGCUGUACAAAUUAAAUGGUUAGAAUGGGUUUCUAUUUUCCAUUACGCAUAUGAAGCAUUAGCGAUCAAUGAAGUGAAAGAUUUAAUCUUGAGGGAAAAGAAAUAUGGGUUAUCGAUCGAGGUUCCAGGUGCAGUGAUAUUAAGUACAUUUGGCUUUAAUGUAUCUGCUUACUGGAAGGAUGUCUCUUGCUUGGCCUCAUCUAUCAUCGCAUUUUUGAUUCUUGGAUACAUAUUUUUACAUUGGUUGAUGGUUGAAAAAAGAUGA